AUGGCGAGACCCCUGUGUGGCUUGAUACCUGAAGCCGUCAAGAUAACAACCGCGUCGCUUUACAGAGGCAUCCCCUUCGCCGAACCUCCCGUGGGAGACUUGCGCUGGGCGGAGCCUGUGGACAAACGAGGGGCGUGGCCUGGAGGCUUCCUAGACGCGACGAGGUUCCGCUCCUUCUGCCCGCAGUACGACACUGAGAGCAAGCGCGUCCUGGGCAAGGAGGACUGCCUUUAUCUCAACGUCUUCACGCCUUAUCUGCCAGGAUCAGAGACUGCCGGCAACAAGACAGGUCUGCUCCCUGUGUUCGUCUUCAUCCAUGGCGGCGCCUUCCUCAGGGGGUCGUCCUCGGCGCACGGCCCCGCCAGGCUCCUCGCCCAUGAUGUCGUCCUCGUCACUCUCAACUACCGCAUCGGGGCCCUCGGAUUCCUCACGACGGACGACGCCGAAUUCCCCGGCAACUACGGCAUGCUGGACCAGGUCUCGGCGCUCCGCUGGGUGCGCGACAACAUCGCUCAGUUCGGCGGCGACUCCUCCAGGGUGACCAUCGGGGGCUUCUCUGCGGGUUCCGCCUCCAUCCACCUGCACAUGGCGUCGCCCCUAUCCAGAGGCCUCUUCCACGGCGGCCUCAUGAUGAGCGGAUCAGGGAGCUGCGAGUGGGCCGUCCGGGGGAACCUCACCACCUUUGCUCACCAGCUGGCGAGGGGCGUCGGAUGCCCCACCUCCCCGUCGGCGCUCAUGAAGACCUGCCUCUCCGCGGUUCCCAUGGAGGACCUCCUCGCCGCGCAGGCCGCCUUGCAUCGCUUCGGCUUCUGGCCUCUUCCGUUCGUGCCGACCGUUGACGGGGGGCGCCGCGCACAACCCUUCCUGCCGGGGCGCUUGUCCUCGCUGCCCCUCGCCCGCGUGCCCGUCCUGCUCGGCUCAGUGCCCGACGAAGGCCUGCUCUUCGCUGCAGGCGUUCUGCUCAUGGCGGAGGAACCUGGCAGCGCAGCCUCUGUGUACGAGGAGGCCGUGCCGUACGUGUUCAACGCUUGGGCCAACGAGCACGACGCCCACCUCAUGCGAUCGCUGGCCGAGUCCUUCUACUUCACCGAGCGAGCCAAGGAGUCACUUGAUGUUCUGCUCGAAGAGAUGACUGAGGCUCUAUCGGAUUACGUGUUCGGACACUGCGUGUGGGAUGAUGCAAUGCUAUUUGCCGAGAAUGGGAUGGAGGUUUACACGUACCUUAACACUCACCGCGACAUAGAAACCCCCACCUGGGCCACGCCCCUGUACGACCGCCUGCGGGCCCUGGGCGUCCGCACACCGCUGCUGGAGACGGGCGUGUCCCACGGCGACGACAUGGUGCACCUCUUCGACUUCCCGUACGCCCUCGGCAAGUUCUCGGAGCGCGACCAGAUGGUGUCCACCUUCGUCACGACCACUUGGGCCAACUUCAUCACAAACGGAUCGCCCGCGAGAGGGGACACAAGCAAGCUCCCUUGGGCCAACCUCGACAGCUGGACGCCCGUGCAGCCUGGCCAACCCAAGAGCUACUUCCGCAUUUCUGUCGAGCCGACCAUGGUGCCGCGACCACACAAAGGAAAGGAAAGGAACUUCUGGCAGCAAGUAGUCCCGAGCGCCAUCAGGCGGACGCGCGCGGAGGCGGCGAGCAAGGGCGCGUGCCCCUGGAGGGAGCAGGCGUCGUGCCCGGCCGCGACCCGCCCUCUCGCCGAUUAGUGCGGACCAUUACCCAGAGGCCAAACGCAUGUGCUUAUGUACACACGCACACAGCAACGCGUAGACAUUAGCACACACACACUAACACAUGCACGUACAAACACAUGCGUAAGCACACAUCCAACCGAAAUAAACAUAUUGUAAAUAUUCGCAAUUGAUGCCAAAGUGCCGUGUCUGUAAAUAUUGUGAAAUGUUUUAUCUUAUCAAUUCUAGAUAAUAAGGUUUGAGUGUUUUUUUCUUUUUACUUUUUUUUAGAAAAUAGUAUUUGAUCGUGAAUAUGAUUUUUGUAAAAUUGUAUAUUUUUCUAAUAAAAUCUCAUAACCAUAA